AUGAAAGGCGAGCACGCCGUGAACGUGUUGGACUUGGCCGGGAUGGAGGAUGCCCCGGGGCUGUACGACACAGUGACCCAGCAAUGCCGCGUGGUGUUCACGAACGAGAAACGCCUCGUUUUCACCCAGGCGAACCAUUCGGCGGAGGUCGGCUUGCCGAAGAUGAACUGUCUGGCGUCGCUGCUGACAUGUUUCCAUGACCGCUGGUCGCGCCGGAAAUGGACCUCAUACUACGCGUCCAUCAAGGCGUCUGAGGUCCUCCAGGUCUUCGUGCAGCAGACGCUCACCACCUCCUACCAGACCUCCACCUGUACCUUCACAGACUUCCUUGACGUACUCUGCUGUCCUACGGGAGGCACAUUGAAGUCCGAGAAGGACAUUAACGGCGUCACACAGACGCUCGGAGAUCACGACCCGGGAAGCUGUAUGACGCGCUGGGACAAGACGCGGUUCAUGCGCCACGCCCUGGUCAUUCGCUACCUGGACUGCGCAAGCAAUUCCGUUCAAGAGACAACUCUUAUGGCCCUCGCCUCAACUCCUGCUUCCAAGCUGUACGAGAUGGCCCGCGCCAUCGACACCAACAUUACCAUCAAGGCGAACAACUGGCUUUCGCACAAGAGCCUCCCAAACCCGCUGGCAGCCCAGCCUUUCAGGAACCAGACUCCGCCGCAGGCCCUAAUCAAGCAGAAGCCGUACAAGAUUCUGGUUUUCAUCCUCCUCGUCGUGUCGCUCAUCUUCUUCGCCAUCAACCCCACGGCGGCGGUGUUCAUGCUCAUCGCGGUCUUCGCAGCUGUCUUCGGGGCCUAUUCUGGCAGCAAGUCGCCGGUAAUGAGGGCCCGAAAGUCGGCGGGUUUCGGAAUGUUCGGGAGCGGGUCCAAGACGACGGUCAGCACCAACGCCUUCGGGCUGGCGGUGUACUUGCUUUCGUUCUUCCUCGGGAUCGGCAGCAUAGGCAGUGGGGACCCCUCCGGUACGGGAACCGGGAGCUCAUUCGGAUCUUGA